AUGGCUCUGCAGACUCCCCUGCCUCCCCACCUCCGGAGGGGUCUGACGACAUUCAGCGGCUCCCUCUUCAUCAACAACAAGACCGGUGACUGUGGCCUGAGACAGAUCUACACCCCAGGACAGGAGGUGCUUUCCUGUUUGCCUCUGCAAAUGAUGCUGUAUUUCAACGUCUUUUACUUCCCUUUCUGGUGUCUGGCAGAGGGACUCAUGCUGGAACUUAAGUACAACCUCCUGCCCACUUACUAUCAAGUUCUCCUAGUUGGUGCAUAUCUGAUUAUCAUCUUAUUGGAAGGUUUGCGUCUCUACCUUGGAUACAUUGGGAACCUGCAAGGAAAGGUCCCAGAGCUUGCUGGCUUCCUCCUGUUGUCAUUCCUGAUAGAGCUGCCUGUCCUGUUGUUCCUUCUGACUGAUAAGGAUACCAUCAGGCUGCCUCUGGAGAUGGCCAUGCAUCUGAUCCUCCUCCUCUUUCUCACCUCUGAGAUUGGAGCUGCCUUUUUUGCACUUAAAGGAAUGACCAAGCAGCUGGCAAGGCAAUUCUACCUGAAGCAGUUUGAAGGGGGGGCCUGA